CCAACAGAGAUAAAAACUUUUCAAAGGGAUGUAUCAUCUACAAGGGUGGACAGAAAUGGUUCCCUUAUCCUAUCUUCCUUCUUCGUGCACAAAUAAGAAUCCAAAAUCCAGGUAAUAGCGAACAGUUCCAUCCUUUCAUCUCCUAUAAUGGCUAAGGCUAUUGCAGGCUUCAGCAUGGUCAACCCAACCCUACAUAGCUCUAAUCUCCACCCACACAAAUCAACCCUCAUCCCACAACCCAAACUGCCUUCGAACUCUGGAAUUUUCGGUCAUCAACAACUGAUUGAAGAUACAAAGCGCCAAAGAGGCUCUAUGGGCAAGGUGAGUGCUUUCCCAGAUUGGCAAUUGAUGGCAGUUCUAGUUGAUCACUUGGACGGCCAAAGAGACCUUGUUACCCACAAAUCUAUUGUGCAUCUUAGUGAUGAAGCUAUAAAGAAUGUCUACAGUCUUUACAUCAUGUUCACAUGUUGGGGAUGUCUGUUCUUUGGCUCCAUGAAGGAUCCAUAUUAUGACUCAGAGGUGUACAGGAAAGAUGGAGGAGAUGGAACAGGACAUUGGGUCUAUGAGAAGCAAGAGGACAUUGAAGAAGAAGCAAGAGCAGACCUUUGGCGAGAGGAGCUGAUAGAGGAGAUUGAGCAGAAGGUUGGAGGGCUUAGAGAGUUGGAAGAAGCUGGAAGGAAAUAAGAGAUUAACAAGGGAUAUUGGCAUCCAUUUGUGUCAUUAGUAUAAUAUAGCAUAAACCAGUCUGUGUAUACAUUAAAACACUUCAGAUGCAGUAGCUGUUGGCAAUAUAGGGAUUGUUUCAGUAAA